ACCCUCCUGCACCAUACCGAUCAGUCUGUGCUGGGAAACGAAUCUCAUCAUGAUUGUUGUCAUUGAGAACAAGAAAGCUUUUGAUGCUGCCCUGAAAGCUGCAGGGAACAAGUUAGUGGUGAUGAACUUCACAGCAACAUGGUGUGGCCCCUGCAAAAUAAUCUGCCCCAUAUAUAAAGCUAUUUCUGAAAAUCCAGAGUAUAAGAAUGUGGUUUUUCUAACGGUUGAUGUGGAUGAUGCAGAGUGUGUUGCCAGUUACUGUGAAAUUAAAUGCAUGCCAACUUUUCAAUUCUUCAUGAAUGGAAAGAAGAUUGAUGAAUUUUCCGGGGCCAACCAAGCUGAACUGGAGAAGAAGAUCAACACUCAUAAAGCAAUGCAUCUUAGCCACAAGGCUUAGCUUUUGAGCUCUAAAUGAAGCAUGACCACACCUGAUGAUCAUUCUGACAGGGUGUAGAACACACAGCUAGAAGCACAUUCCAAACACUUAUUAAUGACAUACUUUAUAAGAUUUAACACUUAAAUACAUCAAAAGUAAAAUACAGUUCUCAAAUUUGCUUCAUUGCACAUGUAAAACCAGGAUAGAUUUUUUGGUUGUAACGUUUUCCCUAUUUUCCAAUAGUUUUUGUUACUUAUUUUAACAA